ACACGAACAUACUUUUAAUCGCGGAAGCAUUGUUUUUGUUUAUUAUGUAAUGUGGCUAAAUCGUAAUCAAAGUAAUUUCAUGACAUUGGCUUAAUCAUCAGUAGUUAAUUUGAUUGGGAAUGGGUCAGACUUUGUCUGAACCAGUGACAACGAAGGAAACUUCUAAAUGUCAGAACAACUUUGUUAAAGUUGGGUCAUCAUGUAUGCAAGGAUGGCGAAUAACUAUGGAGGAUGCCCACAUACAUCUGCUGUCCCUCCCUAAUGAUAAGGACACCUGCUUCUUUGGGGUUUUUGAUGGCCAUGGAGGCUCAAAAGUUGCUCAGUAUGCCGGUGAACAUUUGCAUAAGAAAGUGAUAUCCAGGCCAGAAUAUUCCGAGGGAAGAAUAUCUGAUGCUCUCAAACAAGGAUUUCUGGAUUUGGAUGAAGAUAUGAUAAAAGAUAACGACAUGAAGGAUGAGCUAGCCGGGACAACAGCCAAUGUAGUUCUACUCAAGGGAAACAAAAUCUUCUGUGGCAAUGUUGGAGAUUCAAGGUGUGUUGCAAGUGUCCGUGGUCAGGUUGAGCAGCUAUCGUACGACCACAAGCCAGGAAAUGAAGCAGAAACCAAGCGAAUCAUUUCUGCCGGAGGUUGGGUGGAAUUUAACAGAGUUAAUGGAAACCUAGCAUUGUCUCGAGCAUUGGGUGAUUUUGUCUUUAAGAAAAAUGAUAAAAAGGACUCAAAAGACCAGAUAGUAACUGCCUACCCUGAUGUGCUAGAGAAACAGAUCACUCCGGACCAUGAGUUCCUGGUUCUGGCCUGUGACGGUAUCUGGGAUGUUUUAACCAAUCAGGAGGUAGUAGACUUUGUGCGAGCUCGAAUCGCUCACGGAAUGGAACCAGAAACAAUUUGUGAGGAGUUGAUGAUGAGAUGUCUCGCCCCGGACUGUCAGAUGGGAGGGCUAGGCUGUGACAACAUGACUGUUAUACUUGUGUGUUUCUUACUUGGGGGGAGCUAUGAUGAUCUCACACGGAAAUGUUCACGGGGUGGAGGACAGAGACUAGGGGGCUAUUGAUCCACACCUCACUGUAAGAAAAAAUUAGAUCCACCACUUCUCUCUGUCUGACCAUGUGCAGAUAUUCCAUCCAUAAUACAGUGUGCGGAUAAAAAUGACUUCAGUGUUAUCCAAGAGUAUAGCUAUUUACAUAUUGUUAUGAAAUUUUAUCAAUCUUUAUAUUAUGUGUGUGUAUUUAUAUGUGUGAGUGAGAGUAUUCAUGUGGAAUGAUGAAGCUAACUGUUAUAUGCUGUUAAUUCUACAAAUUUUAACAUGGUACAUAUUAUUUUACAAAUGGAUAGUCAGUUAUACAUGUACAUUGAUACACAUUCGGGUUUUUGGUAAAGGAAUAAACAGGCAGCUCCUCCUGUGAUUGAAUUUCAAAAUAAAUCAGGCAGGCACAUAGUGUGUACAUCAAUUCUGUAUAUUUAUUAUAAUAUUUUUUCUAAUAAACAUUACCUUAUUUAUUUCAAAAAAUGAUUUUGAGUAGAUUUUUUUUUUAAGUCCUAGAAAUAUUAAAAUAUACAAAUUACUCAUAUACAUGUAAACACAAAAACAUACAUACAUACCUAGUCCUAUAUAUUGAAGAUUUUAAAUAAUACAAACAGUAUUAAUUUAUGUUUUAUCUGUGAUAGUUAAAUAUAAGUGAGAGUUGUUGCUGUUGUCACGGUUGGUUAUGUACUUAGUCAUCAAUAACGGGAUUCAAUAUCAGAAUUCUCUGAAAAUCUACAAAUUAAGGUAGUCAUAGGAGAGGAUUAAUGGAGGCAAUGCUCCGAAAUUCUAGCAUAUUGUAUUGUUAAUUGAGUUAAAUAUAAAAACUAUCAUAAAUGCUCAGGACAAAUAUUUAUGCAGCCACUUAAUUUACUACAUAAUAAACAUGAUAUUAAUUUUAAAUGUACAUUAUGGAUACAAUGUACUUUAUAGUUAUACACUUAUACUACUACAUAUUUAUUAUAUUCGAUGAAAAAGUUUUGAAACUACUGUAUAUUUGUUAUUGUUUAUUUAUACAGUAAACUAUCACAUACAUGUAUCUAAAAUUCUGGAAGACCACUAAACAAUAGAUAGAUCUAUAACUAAAAUCUACAUUUCAAAGAGAAACAUGCUGGAUGAAUGAUUGUGAAUAAUAUUCGAUAAAAUUCAUAUCAGGGAAAUUACAUUUACAGAAGGUUGUCAUUCGAGCUUCAUAUCUCCUGUGUGAAAAAAGCCAAAACUGACAAAAUACUUGAGUGGGGUUAUUUACUAAGAGCUGCUUUCAAUUACACCCUCUUCUUUUAAGGAUAUUAACUAGUCCAUGUAUUAUGCAGGCUUGACAGACCUACAUGUACAGUACAUAUAAAUUCUAUACGAUAAUGACUGUGUCACUUGAAUCUUAGUAUAUCAAUAAGUUGGUCCUUCAUGUAGCUAGCUCAUUUGUUAUUGGGUAUUGAUCUUUUUUAAAAAAAUUAAUUAUUUCACUUGUUGCCAAAGAGUCUGUUGUACAUCUCAUAUUUUAAAUUCUAUGAUAAUCUUAAUGCUGGUCCAAUGUUAUUUAUUAUAUGUAUAUAUUACAUAAUAUGUUUGAUUUUGGUGUGAUUUAUUAGAUUUUUCCAUGUACCCAUCUUCUUUUCUGUGAUGUUUGUUUCAUGUGUUAAACAGCAAAUAAUUUGACUAAAAUAUUAUCCAUACUUGUAUAUAAAAAAUACAUUCUUUAUUUGUUGAACUCUUCAAUUGAAUUACCAAGUGUGGACAUAGAAUUUGAUAAAAUUACCAAAUUAUUUUGUUGAUUUGUUUUGACCUUCACACUACAAUGUUGUUAGAUAUAUUGUAUACCAAAACAAAGAGCAAGGUUCAUCUGUGUGAAUGCAAUCUCAAAUACCACAAGUGUGACUGUUCAUCUUUAAAUUGAGUUUGUUAAAUCAUUGAAUGAGUGGCUAAAAUAUUUUUUUUAAGUUCUGGCUUCAUUUCUUACACAACUGCAAAGGAGAUGGGCAAACAAAGUAAAAUGCACACGUGUAUUUUACGAAAAUCAACCCCCCAAAAAUUAUAUCUUAAUAAAGACAAAUUUUAACAUUUACAUGUAUUAAAAUAUAAAAAAUAUCCACAAAUAGCAACAAUCUCACAAAUAUAGAAAUUAUUUGUCUAUGAAACAGCUACCUGUGUAGAUCAAAGAAGACAAAAAUGAACAAUUCUUAAGCCACUGUGUCUAAAAAAGGCAUUUGUGUCUUUCUGAGCAUUGUUUGAAAUUUGAACAUGAUCACAGACAAUAUUUAUGCCCCCCUUCGAAGAAGGGAGAGCAUAUUGCUUUGCUGCUGUCUGUCAGUCGGUCUACUUAGUUUCUGUUCAUUUUCUUCACAACUAUUGCACAUACUGAAAUGAAAUUUAGUUUACAGAUUUAUCAGAUGAAUAUCUAGGUCAAGUUCUGUUUUGGGUACGAUCGCGCCAUUUUGACAGAGUUAUGCACUUUUGGACUUGGAAAAAUUCUAAUGUGGGGGGAGGGGGGCAUAAGUGUUUUACAAACACCUCUUUUUGUUUGUGUGGUAUAGAGUAGUUAUAGUGUUUAGUGAAAGACGUGAAAAUUGACACUAAGGAUUCUUAUUGCUUUGGUUUUAAUUCCAAGAAAACCAUUUUUUUUUAGAAUUAUCAUUUCAGUAUGAUUUUUGUCUAAAGAAUUUUCUACAUGAAAAGUUUUGUCCUCAUUUUCAUACCUUUCAAUGAUAAAAUCUUCAAAUAUGUAAUACAAACUGAAUAUGAUUUUAUACAUUGAUGUUGUAGGCAUUUUGCCCACCUUGUUUGCCCAUCUCCUUAUAUAUUGUGUAGAUUCUAAUCCUUUCUGUCCUUCAGAGAACGGAGGGCAUAUUGCUUUGCUGCUCUCUGUCGGUCGGUAUGUCGGUCCAUUUAGUUUCUGUUCAUUUUCUUCACAACCGUUGCAAAUACUGAAAUGAAAUUUAGUAUACAGAUUUAUCAGAUGAAUAUCUAGGACAAAUUUUGUUUUGGGUAUGAUUGCACCAUUUUUGACAGUUAUGCCCCUUGGACUUGGAAAAAUUCCAAUGUGGGGGGAGGGGGCACAAGUGUUCUACAAACAUCUCUUGUUUUAAUUGUAUUAUGUGUGGUGUUAAGAGACAAUAAAAAUGUUCUUUGAAAUACAUGUAGAUAUGUGUGAAUUUAGAUGUAAAUCUGUCUUUUCUUUAUUAGUUAAUUAGUUUAGUUUUCACAAGUUAAGUGUUGUCAGUAAAUCCGUGUCACUUACUUGUUUAUUACCAGGCAUGUACUUAUAAGUAAGUAAUCAUUGUUUAUUUCCUGGUGUGUACUUAUAAGUAAGUACAUGUAUAGAUGAAGCAUUACUGUUUGAAAUGAUUGCAGUGGCUACAGUGACCUUAUAUCAGCUUCACAUUAAGAUAUUUUACAAAUUUACAAUGUACGUCCAUCCUUGGAAAGAGACACUUUGUUGUUUAAGGUUAUGGAAGAGACAGAUUGAUUUUUUUCAAGAAGGUUAUAAAAUUGUGAUUGCAUUCUACUUGAUUUUUAAAUAACUUACAGCUGAUUUUCAAAAUAAAUCAAUAUCCUGGUGAUUUUAUAUGAAAGAAAUAUUUAUAGACCAUUCUAAGGAAGCUUUGAAGUAUAGACAAGAUCAUUGUCACCCAUUUUCUCUCAGAAGUCAAGUCAUAAAGGUUAACUAUGGAGAAAGCAUAUCUUCAGUUUAAUAUUGUGCUAGAUUUUUAUGAAAUUGUUACUAAAUGAAUGUCUCCUUACAAACUCUGUAUACUGAGGCAUUAGUACAAUGGUACACAUCUGGGUUUCCUGCAGAAUGUGCCAAAAUGAGAACAGUUCAGUACUUAUGUACUUAAGUGUGAAAUAAAUGUUCUGCUGUUUGACAUUAAAUGAAUCAAUAAAUUUUAGAUCAAA